AUGGCGAGGGACUUUAGCGAUUUUGUUUGGAACCCCGAUAUGGAAGUGAAUCUCUUCCAUGCAAUGAGAGGGCAUAAACCAGUAGGUGUCAACAAACACUUUCAGAUGAUAUCAAUUCAUGAUCGACUGAGCUCAGCAUGUAAAAAAAUUACCUCAGAUGAUGUGUGGAACCAUCUUUCAACACUGUAUGACUUACAAGCUCUGAAUGAAUCUGAGAUAGUACCCUUUCCCAACAAGAAUGGCUGUUUUGAUUUACUAGAGAGUGACGUUUCAGAUCUUUGUGAGAAAACUUUUCCACGAACACCUUACAUCAAUAACCAGCCAACUGAUUCUACAAAAACUGACAGCGCACUCAAUUCAAACAUCACACCAUCAGGUGCAACACAAGGUGCAUCAAAAAGUACAAAAGCAGGGAAACUGGAGCCGAAAGCAUUACUACAGACACCAAAGACUGAAACUAAGACAGAAACUAAGCCCAGUACAAGCAAAGCAGAAAGUCGGGCUAAUACACCGUCAGGUCGAGAACCGAAAACCACUCCCAGUAACAUUUUAAAGGCAUCUCUGCAGGCAGCCACACCUAAUGCCUUUGAACCAUCCCCCAAGCGCACCAAACGCACCAGAAAUGUUCCAUCAGCUAAUGCCAGUCCAGCAACCCCAACAGAACCUCCAACAAAGCGAAGGAGAUGA